AUGAAUAAUUUUGUUACUCUAUUUUACAAACAUAUUGUGUUAUUAAGCUUUGUACUAUAUUUUUUGAUUGAAACGAACUGUUUUUUAAUAGGAUUCCACAGCUUCUCAGCACGAAUUAACAAUUUAAAAGAUAAUUUUAGUUAUUCAACAUCUACUAAUAAAUUAACACAUAGGAAUCCUUUCACAUUACACAGUCGCACAUCAAUUGAGACCGUGAUACACACCGAUGAUUAUAAAAACUAUGACCCUAAUUGUAUAAAAUAUCGCAAAGCAAAAUAUUGGAGGCAAAAAUCCGAUGAAGAGUUACAGGAAGAAAUUCGGAAAAUUAGAAAGGUAUUAGUGAAAAUAGAAGAAUGUAUUAAAAUCAAAGAUCCUUCCCUGCUUCCGGAUUCGAAAAGAAACGCAAAAAGAACCCAAGCCCAGUUACUAUUUCUACUCCACGAACGUCACUUAAAUUCACUGAGAAAUUCAUCAAAAACUGGAAAUAAGCAAAAUUCACAAAAUCAUAUUAAAUAA